AUGUCCGAUACAGAAACACCACGUCGAAGCGUGGAGGAGUUUACUCGUAGGAAUAUAUUAGACGCAUUAACGGGUGAAAAAAGUGCCACCAAAAACAACCAAGUGAUUUCAAUUGCGGACCAGAAAACUGCGAAAAAGAAGAAGGAAGAACGGUUUGCAAUGGAACGAAACCUGGAAGUGUUGUACGAUCGGCGUGAUAUGUUGGUGGAUAAAUUGCUACGGAUGAACGAAUCGAUACGACAAGAAAAUGUGAGCACGCAUCUGCUCCAAUUGCACUUGGAGACGUUACAACGGUGUGUUCUCGAUUAUGAACAAACGUAUUCGGAUAUUGCUAUGUUAUUGCCAAAGGAGGAAAGAGCUGAGUUACGCAAAAACUAUGCAUCGUUUGAGGAAUUGCAUAAUCAGCUCUAUGUUUGCUUAAAAACGAAAAUCAGUCAUACCCUGUCGGCAGGUAGUCCGAAUCAAGUAGCUAUGCAGCAGCAGCCGGUGUACGUGAAUGCGCAAACACCACAGUUACAUGCACCAUUUCCUACAUUUGAUGGAAAUCCAGAGAACUGGUAUACUUUCAAAAGUUUAUUUACAAGCAUUAUGGCGAGAUAUGCUCAUGAAACUCCGGCAAUGAAAAUCCUACAUCUGCGAAAUUCAUUGCUCGGUGAAGCGAAAGAUAAAAUUGAUCAGGAAGUCGUAAAUAGCAAUGACUACAAUAUGGCCUGGAAGAUUCUAACUGAUGCAUACGAAGACCGUCGGUUAAUCAUGGAUGUGCAUAUCGACGCUAUUCUCAACAUUCCUAAAGUUAGCAAAGAUAGUCGCGGAAUCUCGAUUUCUAAUUUAGUUGAAGUCAGUGUUAAGCACAUCGAUGCAUUAAAAAAUCAUGGAUACCCGGUGGAUGAGCUGUCAGAGCUAAUCAUCGUAAAUGUGUUGUAUAAAAAAUUGGAUAGAGACACCCAAGAACAGUGGGAGUUAAGGCUUGGAACCGGUAACAUGCCUGUUUUUACGGAAUUUAUGGAUUUUCUAAGGGAGAAGGGGCGAGUUUUGAUUCGAACGACUCGUUUCCAGCAGCAAUCGUCACAGCAAUCCAGCGUACCCAAUAAGCAACGACAAACUGUUAACCAGAAGCAACCAACACUAAGUGGAUCAAGAUCAUUCGUUCAAACUACGAAAGAAGUUUGCCCGUGCUGCAAGGAAGAUCACUGUAUAUAUAAAUGUGCUAAAUUCCAUGAACUUAGUGUUGAAGAACGCAAAACUGUUAUUUCGAAGAAGAAUUUAUGCUAUAAUUGCUUGAAAGCCAAACAUCGAGUGGCUAACUGUCCGUCUGAUCAAGGAUGCAAGAUCCGAGGAUGCGGUAGGAAGCACCAUUCAAUGCUUCAUUCCAGCAACGUACAUCAGAAUUCUGAUGAGCCAGAAAAAGUAGAUUCUUCAAAACCAGCGGAACUGGUAGCUGCCAACGAAAAAAGUGAAUCGGAGCCGAAGGCCACAACGUUGUGUGGUAGUAUAAUCGGCAGAAAACGACAAGUACUCUUAUCCACCGCCGAGCUGUUCCUGGUGGGACGAGAUGGAAUGACAGUAAAAUCACGUGCAUUAUUAGAUUCGGGAUCUGAUAGCAAUAUAAUAACGGAAAAAUUAGCAACCAAGCUAAAGUUGCAAUUGCAAAACGUCGAUCUACCCAUCAGCGGUCUGAAUGAUAUGCAGACACGAGUUAAGUAUAUCGUCAGUACGAACAUAGUCUCGCGCGUUAAUCAAUUUUCCUCGUCCAUUUUAGACUUCCUGGUCGUACCGAAGGUGACAUCGAACCUUCCAGUCACAGAAGUGGACUACCGAUCAUGGUCCCUUCCUUCUGAACUCCUGCUUGUCGAUCCAUCAUUCAACGUACCGGGUGAAAUUGACGUAAUAAUAGGAAACGAAAUCUUUUUCGAUCUCAUAAAGCAUGGCCGCCUGAAAUUAGGCAACGAUGCAACACUGACAGAAACGGAAUUAGGUUGGGUCGUUGGAGGAUCGGUACAGACCAGGAAGUCUAAGACGAUCGCGCGUAUGUGCCAACUGAGCCACCAAGAAGACAUGUUAAACAAAACAUUAAUACGAUUCUGGGAAAUUGAAACUGUUGGCAUGGAGUCGAACGUUAGUAUGGCUGAAGCAUUCGUUGAGGAACAUUUCGCUCGUACGCAUACUAGAGAAAGUGAUGGAAGAUACACCGUUCGAUUACCUUUUCAUGAAUCUAAACCUAAGCUGGGUGAUUCGUACGAAACAGCAAGCAAGCGCCUAGAUCGACUACUAAUUGCAUUGGCUAAGAAUCCUUCCAAACGCGAACAGUACUUUCAGUUCAUGUCUGAAUAUAUAUCGUUGGGUCACAUGGAGGAAGUCAACGACGGUAGCAAAAACGGAUAUUUCAUUCCCCAUCACGCAGUAUACAAAGCAACAAGUUCCACUACGAAAACUCGCGUGGUGUUUGAUGCCUCGGCAAGCUCAAGCACAGGAGUGUCAUUAAACGAUAUCGUAAUGGUUGGACCGACAGUCCAGAGCGAUUUGCAGUCUAUCAUUUUACGUUUCUGUUCCCACCCUAUUGUCCUAACGGCAGAUAUAUCAAAAAUGUUCCGCCAGAUUUGGAUUCAUAAGGAUGAUCGCAAGUUCCAGAAAAUAUUGUGGGUGGAUGGUAAUGGAGACCGCAAGGUGUAUCAGUUAAAGACGGUUACCUACGGAGUAGCCAGCUCUCCUCAUCAUGCAACUAGAACAUUGGUACAGUUGGCGACAGACGAGGGCAAGGAUUAUCCGCUAGCCGAACAAGUGAUUAGAAACGAUAGCUAUAUCGAUGACUUUUUAACAGGAGGAAAAAAUGCUGAUGUUGUGGUAAACAUCUACAAUGAGUUGUCAGCGCUACUGAAACGUGGUGGUUUCAGUGCUCAUAAGUUUUGCUCUAAUGACCAGACUGUAUUAAGUAGAAUUCCAACGGAGUUGCAAGAGACGUUCGUAAGUUUUGAACACACAGGAAUAAAUAACACUAUACGAACACUUGGCUUGAUUUGGAAUCCCCGUGAUGAUUUCUUCACGUUUUUUGUUCAACCAGUUAACGAAGAAAUUUCAACUACUAAACGCAAGGUACUAUCUGACAUCGGUCGUCUAUUCGAUCCUCUUGGUUUUCUUGGACCGAUUAUCACAGCAGCCAAGUUAAUUAUGCAGGAUAUCUGGCGUCUUAGUUUGGAUUGGGACGAUGAGCUACCGGAAGAAGUUUUGCAGGAGUGGACUAGAUUCCGUUGUCAGCUGCCGAUCGUCAACGAAAUACGUAAACCAAGAUGCGUGGUCCUGAGUGAAACAAAACGGAUUGAAUUGCAUGGCUUUUCAGACGCUUCUAAGCGGGCCUAUGGUGCGGUAGUGUACAUCAGGUGUAUCGCAAUUGACGGAUCGAUUAGUAUAAACUUACUCGCAAGUAAAUCUCGCGUCGCUCCCAUAAAACCGAUUACAAUUCCUCGACUUGAAUUAUGUGGUGUCAAACUCCUAGCAGAACUUGUGACAAAAACUAUUUCAACGUUGAAUAUCAAAUUUGAUGAUGUGAAAUUAUGGUGUGACAGUUCCAUCGUUUUGUGUUGGUUGAAAAAACCACCUUCGACGCUGAAUCAGUUUGUUUCAAAUCGAGUAGCAGCAGUUGUUGAAAUGACUAAUGCGUUUCAAUGGCAGUACGUCCAAUCGGCUUUCAAUCCUGCUGACGUGAUUUCAAGAGGUGCUUUCCCUGAGGAUUUAUUCAACAACGAGCUGUGGUGGAAUGGUUCACCGAAGUUACAACAACCGAUACCAAGAGCAGAUGAAUCUGAAAUUAUAAGAGAUUUACCAGAAAUGAAACCAGUCAAAACGCUAACAGUCAUAAAGGUCAGUUCGAUAAUCUUAAACCGAUUAAGCCAUUACCGUAAAUUGCAGAGAGCUUGGGUAUACGUACUAAGGUUCAUUGACCUUGUCAUUCGUAAAAAGCGUAACAUUAGUGUUAUUAAUGCUUUAGAGAUGACUAACGCUGAAAGGGCAAUAUUCGUGAUAGUUCAAGGAGAAGUGUUCAACGAUUUGUUAAGGGAACUACGAGCAAGUUCAACAAGGCGCCAUUGUCUAUUGAAUCUGGCACCGUUUAUUGGAGAAGAUGGACUAAUACGCGUAGGUGGACGAUUGAAGUAUUCAGCGAUUCCAUAUGAUGGAAGGCAUCAAAUACUACUUCCGGAGCGACACCAUGUCACGGAGACAUUGAUUCGACGACUUCAUGAAGAGCACUACCACGUUGGUCAAGGAGGCUUGUUAGCGAUCGUACGCGAACGUUACUGGCCACUGCGAGCUAAAUCAGCUAUCAGGAGAAUUAUUUCCAGAUGUCUAAAGUGUGCCAAGCACCAACCCAUUAUCGGCACCCAGUUUAUGGGUAACCUUCCGGCGUCUCGUGUGAAUCCUUCAGCGGUGUUUUCUAAGGUUGGGAUCGAUUAUGCUGGGCCGUUUCUGUUGAAACCUGGAAUGCGAAGUACGAAAUCAUUUAAAGCUUACGUAGUCGUCUUUGUCUGCAUGGCGGUAAAGGCUAUUCAUUUUGAAUUAGUUUCAAACCUGACAUCCGAUAAUUUCAUCGCUGCACUUCAACGUUUCGCAAGCCGACGUGGUAUUCCUUCUGAUGUAUAUUCCGACAAUGCAACGUGUUUUAUUGGAGCAAAUCACCAGCUUGCUGCGUUGAACAAAUUGUUUAAGGACCAGCACCAUAUAGAGAGGAUGGAUGAAUUUUGUGCUGUGAAGGGAAUCACUUGGCAUUUCAUUCCACCCAGAAGCCCUCACUUUGGUGGGAUCUGGGAGGCAGGUGUAAAAUCGCUGAAGUAUCACAUGAAACGGAUUGUUGGAGAAACACGAAUGACUACAGAAGAAAUGAAUACUUUCCUUACUCAAACUGAAGCGGUUUUGAACUCACGUCCCCUUUGCGCGAUGUCGGAGGAUCCGAAUGAUUUCGGUAUUCUCACACCAUCACAUUUUUUGAUUGGGAGAUCAGCGGUUGCUAUACCAGAACCUUCCUAUACGUCCGAGAAGAUCAAUCGAUUAAGACGAUGGGAGCAUAUCCAACGAAUGCAGCAGCAUUUCUGGACUAGGUGGUCAAGGGAGUAUUUACAUCAAUUGCAGACUCGACAGAAAUGGCACGGUACAGUAAAGGAGUUCAAGGUUGGAGCACUAGUGCUGCUGGUCGACGAAAACUUACCCCCGCAGAAGUGGCGGCUAGGAAGAAUUGUGAAAUUACAUCCUGGAGAGGAUACGGCCGUUCGAGUGAUUACUGUUCGGACCACUGCUGGUGAAUUCAAACGAGCCGUAACUAAAAUUGCAUUGUUACCAUCUGUUGAGCUACAAGUCUCAACGGGGGGUGAAUGA